GCGCUCGUCGCGUAGUUUAUCUUCAGUCGACGUUGUUCAUGGUACGCGCGCAGACGCGUGUGAAACAGAACCGUGCGUCCACAAAACACGCGCAACUUACGCAUUUAUAGUGUGAAAUAUCUUUAUACUUCAUAAUAGUUUAACGAAAACUUCGAAAAAUUGGCGGUUCAAUUUCUUGGACUUUAGUUUUCACGGAGGAAAUUCCAUACAUUAUUAAGGAUUACCACUUCAAAGUGAGUUUGUUUGCUCAGUGAGAGAGCGAUUUAGUGCAACUCAGAAGCAACCACAGCGAGAUUAAUCUUCUAUCAAGAUGAUGAAACACGUGCAGCUUUCACCAUUCCGCAGCCGGGCCGACACCGUCUCGCUAAGUUCGACAACUUCCUACGGAAGUUUAAGUCCCGAACCGCUUGGCAGCCGUUCCUCGAGCUACUCAUCGCUGAACGAAAACAACAUUCAGACGACUAUUAAAGUCUACGCGAAAUGUCUGCGACCAGACAUUGAAUACAAAACGUUGAGCAUAACAUUUCAAACUUCGUGCAAGGAAGUGGUGCAGACUCUUCUCUCCAAAUAUAAGAUGAAACAUCGUGAUCCUAAAUUGUUUUAUCUGAGUAUGGAAGUGACCGUUCGCAAAGCUGGAGUACGGACACAUUUACCUCUUGAUGACGAAGCACGCCCUGCAGUUCUACAGAGUUGUCAUCCCAAAGGAGACUCAAAGUUUUCCCUGCAAACUCGUCGUGGAGGUCUUGUCAAAGUUCAUGAUUCAGCCUUGAACGCAAACUCGCAAUACAAAUCUUUGUUAAUCAGUGCACGCACAACGGUGGAUGAACUGAUCGCAUUACUUCUACAGUGCUCUAAUAGCAAAGAACGCGUGGAGCAGUUUUCUUUGUAUGAAGUGUGCCCUGACAAGGAACAACAACGCAAGCUGCAUCCCGACGACCGACCGUUGCAGGUGCAGGCCGUCUGGCUGCCACAACACAAGUCCCACUUCCUCAUCCGCCGCAAUCACGACUACGUGCCACUGUCUCGCAGGAAAUUCUACUUUGUGCCGGGAUUACCACCCUUGCCACAAGGGCAAAAGAUUACACAGAGCACAGCCAGUAUGCAGCUGUCAAAGAGUCAAAGCUCUCUGAUGUGUAUUAAGAAGUCGGACGAUAAGGCCAACAUCACGACACAUAACAACAAUAAUAAUAUAAAUAUUCAUAAAAACAUUAAUAACAACAACAGCAAUGUCAAUAUGAAUAGUAAUCACAACAACAAUAGCACAACGCAAAUAAACACGGUGCUAUCAGCGAGUCCUUCAUAUGCUGAUUAUGAAAAUUAUUUCUACAUUUAACAAUUUGAUCUGUAAGAUCGAUUUUACCUGACCGAGAAGUCCAACCAAAGAGUUAUAUCAUGACGUGCGAUUUUUGAUUGAUUGGAUGAAGGCUAUUUUGUUGUUUCAUGUAAUAUGUACAUUAUUGUUUUAUAAUUUGUAAUUAUUUGCCUUAUAAAUUUUCUGUAUUGUAAUCGUACUAUAUUGUACUUGUAAAAUCGUCCAAAGACUAUUAUAGGAUUUUGUAAUAUUUGUAUGCUAUGUAUCUAUCCCGAUAAAUUGUUGUUGUGUGCAAUGUUUAAUUGUAAUUGUCUUGUGGCGUUUCUAAUUUGAAGAUUAACAUUGUAAGCAUUGUUUUUGUAAAUUAUUUAUAUGUAUACCAAAGAAAGCGUUUAUCUUACUGUUGUAAAUAUGGAUAUAUGAGUGGACUAAUUGUAACUAAAAAUAUAUGUGUCAUUUUUAAA